AAGAUGCCAUGCCCGAAUGGAACGGGCUACCUCAACAGUCGCCGUCGAGCAUUGGCGCGUUUCAGUUCAAUUCGAAGCUUUUGACGAUGACGUGAUCCCAGCUGUUACAGUUUAAAUUGUCGCGACUUUGCAUUCCAUUGCACUUUAGCCAAAUAUACGAGUAAAAUGCCAGCUAAUUGUGGACAGCUCGCACACUUCGGGCAUUGAAGUUCAAAUAUCGCCGCACCUACAAGUUCAUCAGAAAACAUCCACAAACCACACCAAAGCCUUAUCAAAGCCUUAUUGACAGUCGAACCGGUUUGACAAUAGAUAUACUCGAAGCUUGACUACGCCCUGCCUUGGUCAAAGUUUCAGAAUAGUUGAGAACGAAGCAUGGGACAGAAACUGUCGUACUGCAAAAAGUGUAAGGAUUGGUGGAGGAGGAAUGAUCAGGGUGAGACCAAGCCACGCGUGCGCAAUGUCAAUGGAAACUAUAUGGCAGGAGCGCCCAGUCGAGAUGAAACGGAUGCUGCUCUCUCGGCGGUACUGGGCGUGCUGCGAGUGGAUCUCUGCCAGGAGGAUAACCACAAUGAGCACCACACGAGCCACUUCUAUGCGGCGGCAGCCAAGGAGGCGCUGAUCGUGCGCCGUGGCGAACCCUUCCGCCUGCGCAUCCAGCUCAAUCGCGACUACAGCCCCAGCAAGGAUGCCAUCAACUUUGUGUUCAGCGUGGCCGAUGACAAGAAUCCCAGGCCCGGACAUGGCACACUGACGGCUCUGGUGCCACACGACGGCAUCGACGAUCUGGGCGACACCCUGGAAUGGGGUGCGGGCAUUGAGACACACGAGGGUGCGCUGCUGACGGUGCUGAUCAAACCGCCAUCGACUUGCCCCGUGACGGAGUGGCGCCUGGAUAUCGACACCAAGCUGCUGGGCGAUGGCUCGCGCAGCUAUCCCGUGCCGCUGCCCAUCUACGUGCUGUUCAAUCCCUGGUGCCCCGAGGAUCAGGUGUAUCUGGAGGAUCGCGAGCAGCGCAAGGAGUACGUGAUGCACGACACAACGCUCAUCUGGCGCGGCUCCUACAACCGGCUGCGUCCCUCGGUGUGGAAGAUUGGCCAGUUCGAGCGGCAUGUGCUCGAGUGCAGCCUGAAGGUGCUCGGCACCGUCGGUAGGAUUCCACCCGCCUACAGGGGCGAUCCUGUGCGCGUGGCCCGGGCCCUGUCCGCGCUGGUUAACUCGGUGGACGACGAUGGUGUGCUGCUGGGCAAUUGGUCGGAGGAUUUCUCGGGCGGCGUGGCGCCCACCAAGUGGACGGGCUCCGCGGAGAUCCUGCAGCAGUUCCACAAGACCCAGAAGUCCGUGAAGUUCGCGCAGUGCUGGAACUUCAGUGGCGUGCUGGCCACCAUUGCCAGGAGUCUGGGCAUACCCGCUCGCAUCAUCACUUGCUACUCGUCGGCCCAUGACACCCAGGCCUCGCUCACCGUCGACGUCUUCAUCGAUGCCAACAACAAGAAGCUGGACGCGGAGACCACCGACUCCAUUUGGAACUAUCAUGUGUGGAACGAGCUGUGGAUGCAGCGACCCGAUCUGGGCGUGGGCCAGCAUGGCGCCUACGAUGGCUGGCAGGUGGUGGACGCCACGCCCCAGGAGGCAUCGGACAACAUGUACCGCGUGGGCCCCGCCUCUGUGCUGGCGGUGAAGCAUGGCGAGAUCCUGCGACCCUUCGACGGUGGCUUUGUCUUUGCGGAGGUCAACGCGGAUAAGCUCUACUGGCGCUACAACGGACCCAGCCAGCCGCUGAAGCUGCUGCGAAAGGACACCCUGGCCAUUGGCCAUCUGAUCAGCACCAAGGCGGUGCUCAAGUGGGAUCGCGAGGACAUCACGGACAGCUACAAGCAUGCGGAGCGUUCCGAGGAGGAGCGCAGCACCAUGCUGAGGGCCCUGAAGCAGUCCCGACAUGCCUUCAGUCGCUACUACCUCAACGACAACUUCAACGAGGUGGAGUUCGAUAUGGAACUGAAGGACGACAUCAAAAUUGGCGAGAACUUCAGCGUCGUGCUAAAGGUGACCAAUAAGAGUGCGGAAAAGAGCCACCUGGCCACGGGUCAAGUCAACUGCGAUGCGGUGCUCUACACGGGCGUCGGCGCCAUGGAGGUGAAGUCCAUGGGCUUCGAGCUGCAGCUGGAGCCAAAGGCCAGCGAAUACGUGCGCAUGGAGGUGAUCUUCGAGGAGUACUUCGAGAAACUCUCCUCCCAGGCGGCCUUCCAGAUCUCCGCGUCUGCGCGCGUGAAGGAUACGGACUACGACUACUAUGCCCAGGAUGAUUUCCGUGUGCGCAAGCCGGACAUCAAGUUCCAGAUGGGGGAGGGCAGCAUUGUGGCACGCAGGGAGCUGGAUGUGAUCCUGCGUCUGGUCAAUCCGCUGCCCAUACCGCUGCACAAGGGCCUCUUUACCGUCGAGGGACCGGGCAUAGAGCAGCCAUUGAAGUUCAAGAUUACUGAGAUCCCUGUGGGCGGCACAGCGGCAGCCACAUUUAAGUAUGUUCCGCCCUAUGCCGGGCGCGGCACACUCCUGGCCAAGUUUACCUCCAAGGAACUGGACGAUGUGGAUGGCUACAAGCACUACGAGAUCGAGCCACGUCCCGAGGAUCUGCUGCAGCCGAAUGGCAGCCAUCGAAGCAGCAAUAUCAUUCGACGACGCACGGAUGUUAUAGCCUAAGAGAUCCAGUCCUGAUGGAUUGAUGGUUUCGCUUUGUAUUCAUAGAUUUCUAAGUGAUUUUGUUGUAAAUAAUUCUAAUGCUAAUAAUAAUAUUAAUAAUUU